AUGAAGUUCUUCAAGACGGUCCACACAUUUGACUAUCCAUGGACUUUAGUCUCAGCAGCACAGUGGCAAAAAUACCCAAACGACCACUGUCCUCAUGUUCAACAUGUGGACGUAUUGAAUAGAACUGUAGAUCCAGAAACAGGCAUACUUACAACAGAAAGAUUGAUUACUGUCAAACAGAAUGUGCCUAGAUUUAUUCUAAAGAUAAUGGGCGCAGACGAAACACAAUACGUUCGAGAAGUUUCGACUAUUGAUCCAAACUCAAAAACAUUUACUUUAUUAAGUGAAAACCUUUCAUUAAAUAAUAUCAUGAAAGUCAAUGAAGAAAUAACGUAUACCGUAGCUCCUGAAGACCCCGGAAAAACACAGUUUACACAACAAGCAACGAUGACCGCAGGAAGUCUUUUAUCUCGAUGGGAGAAUUUGAUUGAAGACUUUUCAUUGAAACGAUUCCAACAGAACGCUCAAGUUGGCCGUGAAGGAUUUUUACAUGUGUUGGAGCGUUUUGUACAUAUGACAGAAGCAUCGUCUACUACAAAUUAG